CGGAGCGGUUGCCGCCGUCUGCCUCUAGUACCGCGUCACGCCGGAUGAUGGAGCCCGCGCGAGCGUCUGGGACGCGCCGACGCCGCCGAGCGUAAAGGGGCGUUUCGGCGCCUGACGACGUCUCCCUCGGCGGUGCCAGGUGUGUUCAAACCCGUAGCAGCCGAACGCUCGCGCACGUCUGUCGGAUCAGCCGGAUCCAAACUGCACAAAGCGCCCGCCCACCCGCCGCGCGCCCGCUCCCGGCGCGGCCACAGGUAUGAGGCGCUCACUGACGCACUACGUUUCAGCGACGGACACUGCGCGAUCCGCCGCCGCGUGAGUAAAGGACUGUUUACGUUGAGUUCGGGGCGCUCGUCCGUCGUCGGAGGCUCGUUGAGUGGCGACGCGAAGCGCACGUCUGGCUCCGGAGCAGCGGAGGGGAGCGUCAAACCUCGGCCAAGCCCCGUUUCGACCAUCUCGUCGCGGUCAACUCUCCCGUUUUACGCACGCGGCGCGUUUGGAAUCGCGCAGCCCUGGUUACCGUGCGCACGGCGGCGCGUGAGUCCCCGGGAUGACGGCUCUCAGCGGAGGACACGCGGCUUGAGAGCAGCCUCGCGCGCGUCAGGGAGAUGAGAUCCCCAGCAGGUCGGGAGAACAACUCCGGAGGGUUCACCAGGCCGCUCGUUUAACCGCAGCGCACCGAGGCGACUGAAAGCAGCGGCACCGUCGGUCGGUCCUUCGACAAGCGAGCAGCCAUGUCCAGAACCCUGAAGAAGAAGAAGCACUGGUCCAGCAAAGUGGUGGAAUGCGCGGUGUCGUGGGGGAACCUGGGCGACUUCGGCUCCGUGGUGGAGGUGCUGGGGGGCGCGGAGCUGGGCCAGUUCCCGCACCUGGGCCAGAUGAAGCUGGACGUGCUGGCGUGCCACGUCGGGAAGCUGCCGUACUACGGAGACGUCCUGCUGGAGGUCAACGGGACGCCGGUCAGUGGACUCACGAACCGCGACACGCUGGCCGUCAUCCGACACUUCCGGGAGCCGAUUCGCCUGAAGACGGUGAAACCAGGGAAAGUGUUGAACACGGACCUGCGCCACUACCUCAGCCUGCAGUUUCAGAAGGGCUCCUACGACCACAAGCUCCAGCAGAUCAUACGGGACAACCUGUACCUGCGCACCAUCCCCUGCACCACGAGGCUUCCUCGCGAAGGGGAGGUGCCGGGUGUAGACUACAACUUCAUCAGUGUGGGAGACUUCCGGAUCCUGGAGGAGAGUGGGCUUCUGCUUGAGAGCGGGACCUAUGAUGGUAACUACUACGGGACCCCCAAGCCUCCAGCCGAGCCCAACCUGGUGCAGCCCGACCUGGUGGACCAGGUGCUGUUCGACGAGGACUACGUGGGCGAGGUGCCCAGGAAACGCACCACCUCCGUCAGCAAGAUGGACCGGAAGGACAGCGUGGUCCCCGAGGAGGAGGAGGACGACGAGAGGCCUCCGCUCGUCAACGGACUGCCCGAGCACCGCGGGGGGGCCGACUGGAGGAAGGCCGUGCCCAGCUACACGCAGUCCAACAGCAACAUGGACUUCCGCACGUGGAGCUCUCUCCCCCGUGACGACAGCCUGGAGCCCCUGCCGCUCAACUGGGAGAUGGCGUACACGGAGACGGGCAUGGUCUACUUCAUAGAUCACAAUACCAAGACGACCACAUGGCUGGACCCGCGCUUGGCCAAGAAGGCGAAGCCCCCUGAGAAGUGUGAGGAUGGAGAGCUGCCGUACGGCUGGGAGGAGAUCGACGACCCGCAGUACGGCACCUACUACGUGGACCACAUCAACCAGAAGACCCAGUUCGAGAACCCCGUCCUGGAGGCAAAGAAGAAGCUGAGCCAGGAGACGGCCAUGAUCCAGCAGGCGUCGGCGGCGCCGUCCCAAGGGAAGGGAGGCCCGUACGGCUUCACCGCCGACCCCAGCCAGCUGCAGGGGGAGCUGUACCACACGGCGCUGAAGAAGAGCUCCCAGGGCUUCGGCUUCACCAUCAUCGGAGGCGACCGCACCGACGAGUUCCUGCAGGUGAAGAACGUGCUGGGCGACGGCCCCGCCGCCCAUGACAACAAGAUGUCGUCCGGCGACGUGAUCGUGGAGAUGAAUGGGCUGUGUGUGCUGGGGAAGACCCAUCCAGAGGUGGUGCAGAUGUUCCAGUCCAUCCCCAUCAACCAGUACGUGGACAUGGUCCUGUGCCGCGGCUACCCGCUGCCGCCCGACGUGGACCUCAGCAGCGACGACCCCCUGCCGCCGCCCCCCCCUCCCCCAGCCGCCCAGCCGGCGCUGCACGGGGGCGAGGUGGUGACGGCCGUGCCCCUCAUCAACGGCCAGCCGCUGCUGGUGAAGGGCGACGUGCUCCACGGCUCCUCCCAGGAGCUCCACUACGUGACCACGGACGCCAGCGGGCGGCCCGUGGUGGCGGCGCUGCCCAACGGGCGGCAGGGCGGCGCCGCCGAGCUGGCCGCCGGCCUGCUGCAGCCGGAGCUGGUGAGCGUGCCGCUGGUGAAGGGCCCCGGCGGCUUCGGCUUCGCCAUCGCCGACUGCCCGCUGGGCCAGAAGGUGAAGAUGAUCCUGGACGCGCAGUGGUGCCGCGGGCUGCAGAAGGGCGACGUCAUCAAGGAGAUCAACAGGCAGAACGUGCAGACGCUGAGCCACACGCAGGUGGUGGACAUCCUGAAGGACCUGCCGGUGGGCAGCGAGGUCGACGUGCUGGUGCUGCGAGGAGUGUCCAGGAGAGGUGAGGUCAGCGUGCUGAUACUAACAGGAGGUCAGACAUCGCCUGUGAAGACGCUAAAGCCUAGGCAGGAAAUGACGGCCAGUACGGAGACUUUGGAAGCCAUCACGGACUCAGCCCCGCAGGCUCUGUCCUACCACUCCAACACCAGCACCCUGCGCUCCACCGACUCCCCAAAACGAGACGCCGCCGAGCUGUACCUGAAGUCCAAAGCCCUGCUGGACAGCAGACAGCCUCACACCAAAGACAUAGACGUGUUUCUAAAGAGAGACAUUGAGACGGGCUUCGGGUUCCGCGUGCUGGGAGGAGAAGGUCCACAGCAGCCGAACGUCUUCCCCCAGGUCUACAUCGGGGCCAUCGUGCCCAACGGCGCGGCUGAGAAGGACGGCCGCCUGAGAGCGGGCGACGAGCUCAUCGGCAUCGAUGGCGUCAUGGUCAAAGGGCGUUCGCACAAGCAGGUUCUGGACCUGAUGACCAACGCCGCCCGUAACGGCCAGGUGAUGCUGACGGUGCGCAGGAAGGUCAUUUAUCGAGAAUCGAUGGAGGACGAGGUUCUGGAAAUGGCCCCGGUGCUGGUGAACGGGUCCCCUAAGCUCCCCCGCAUCCCGAUGCCGGCAGCCCUGGACCACGAGUCCUUUGACAUCACACUCCACCGCAAGGACACGGAGGGCUUCGGCUUCGUCAUCCUUACGUCCAAGAGCAAACCACCACUUGGAGUGAUCCCGCACAAAAUCGGCCGGAUCAUUGAGGGGAGCCCCACCGACCGCUGCGGCCUGCUGCACGUCGGGGACCGCAUCUCGGCCGUCAACGGGCGCUCCAUAAUCGAGCUGUCCCACAACGACAUCGUUCAGCUGAUCAAGGACGCGGGCAGCGUGGUCACGCUCACCGUGGUCCCCGAGGACGAAUACAAGGGCCCUCCGUCUGGAGCAAGUUCAGCCAAACAGAGUCCGGCUCUUCAACACAGAGCCAUGGGUCAAAGGUCAGCGCUGCAGGAUGAACGCUACAACCUUGACGGCGAAGAGAAGAGGGAGGGCGUCAACUGGUCUGACAACAAAGCGCUGCCACUGGGUGAGCAGGGAGCGCUGUGCGUGACCGGACCCAACCAGGGGUGCCUGACGGUGGAGCUGGAGCGGGGCCCCCGGGGCUUCGGCUUCAGCCUGCGAGGGGGCACAGAGUACAACAUGGGCCUGUACAUCCUGAGACUGGCUGAAGACGGACCUGCUCAGCUCGAUGGACGGAUCCAUGUUGGAGAUGAGAUAGUGGAGAUUAAUGGGGAGCCGGCUCGUGGCAUUUCACACACACGGGCUAUUGAAUUGAUCCAAGCCGGAGGAAGCAAAGUGGUGCUGCUGCUGAGACCCAGGGUGGGCCUGGGUCAAGACAGCAGCCAACGUGAGAAACGCAUUUCAUCCACGAGCUACUCUGAAGAGGUCUUCCUCUCUGACUCGGCGUCCCCGUCCUCUCCAUAUCCCAUUGGACCUUCCACCUUUGCUCCCUCUCCCCUCCCUGGCAACCUCAAACAUUCCCAGAGCUGGAGCACCAUAUCUCCACAAGGGCUCAAGUCCCGCAGCAGCAGGGGUUGCAGCUUAGUGGAGGGGAGUGGGCAGCGGGCAGAGAAGCGGCCCCCUGCUGCCCCCGCUGAGCGGGUGAACUUCUACAGGAGAACCAGGCCCAUGAAAGACUCCAGAGAGCUAAGCAGCCCAAAGAAAACAGGGGAGGCCACUUCUAAAGCCAAAGAGCAACAUCACAGUCCCAAAAAGACUGAGAGUCAGGAGCAGGAAGCAACGCUGAGCAGGAGCCGGAUGUCUCAGACGCAGGCAAAAACACAAUCCACUAACCCGAGGAGGCCUUCUCAGACUGGACAGCGAGCGGCUUCAAACGCACAGCAAGCAGGUCUCACACGCCCCCCGCGGGGAUUCAAAGACUCCUCCAGCAAAGAGACCUUAGAUCAUAACAAGAAAAACGGCCAAGGGGGAAAUGACGCCGCGGGACGCACGGGAGGGGAGACGGGGGUGAGGGGAGGGAGGAGGCCUGGAGCUGAGCAGGAGGCUGUGAGGAGGAGGCCCACGCCUCCCCACCAGGUUAGAGAGGGAGGGACGGGUGGAGGGACCAACCCGGGCCGGAGACACGCCAACGGCACCAGCGGGUCCGCGGACGAGCGGGACGCGGCCAAACAGAGCCUCAGCAAGAGGGAAUCGCUGCUGUCGUUCAAGGAGCUGUGGAGCCGGAAAGGCUCCGUUUCACCGCGAGAGGCCAAAGAGCCAGAGGACGCGCGCCGUGGCUCCAACAGGAGCGGCAGCAGCACCGACGGCUCCGUGGCCUCCGCCAACGGUGUUCCAGGGGCCCCGCGGAGCCCCGAGGGGCCCGUUAGCCCCAAGCCGUGGAAAAUCCCCAGCUCCGUCAAAAUCCUCACGCUGCCACAGGCCCUCCGCGACCCUUCGUGGUAGAAUAUUAAAUCAGCCCCACCUGCGCUGCUUCAUGGGAUAUUUAACAGCACCCUCAGCGGCCUGUUUCCUUAGUUCUUCCAUAAAACAGAGGAGUGACACAUUUAUUAGCGUCCGCGUUUAUCUUGAAGGGUCCUGCUAGCUGCGCGAUGCCUAGCUGCAUAGCUACGUGGCUACGUAGCUACGCGGCUACGCAGCUAGGCGGCUACGCAGCUACACAGGCCCCUCCCCUCCGCCUUGUCCACUGCUUCAGUCUCUGGAGUGGGACUCCGCGCUCCCUACAGACAACGCGCUCUGAAAUGUGAAUAUGUGCCAAUCCUGGGAGCCUCCUGUGGAACCACAGCCUCCGACAGCGCUUCACUCACUACAAUGCAACCACCCAUAUGCAAAGAAAAGGGCAGAGGCCCCGGCCGCUCCCGCCGCGUUUCCCCCCGGCCUCAUCGCGGGACAGUUCGUCUGUCUCCUAAGCGUUUGCUUAGUCGCAUGCAGUCGGCCCUUCGGUUUGUGUUACUGCACGCGUUCCGCACAUCACCGAGGACGGUCCUGGUUCUAGUUUACAAUUCUCACCCUGGGCACCAGACAGGUUUCACACAGAGUCACUCCCGGGAGCAGUUUGAAGCUCACAUGCCUCUCCUCCAUACGAACAGCACCAUUAAAAGACCAGAAACUUGUGGUUCGAGAUCUUGUUUACCGUGUGUAUGAUAACUAACCAGAUGUGUAACUUAUUGAGAUCAUAGAUGAAUAUGUAUAUGUAGCUGUAGCAAGUCAUUCCACAUUUUGAUAUAGAUUGCAAAAACUCGUCCCAUGUUCUUUGAGCUUUCACCUUAUUUCCGAUGUUUUCCGGUGGCAGGAGCGACCGUGAAUCUCUGUAGUUCAUGAGAUGUAUAGAAACAUGCAAACUGCUGUGCCAACUGUUGGCAAACGCUCAAAACGUGUCUCAUUGUGAAAUAUAAUAUAAGAUAUAUAUAUAUACAUAUAUAUACAUAUAUUUGAAUGUGUCAUGUUUUGCAGAUUAUAACUUUAAAAUAUCUAUUGAAUUCCAUUGCACUGCAUCUGCCCUUGUAGCAUAACAGAAUGACCAGAGUUGUAUUUAAUUCGUGACGUUGACUUGCUACCAAUGCAUUUCCACUUUGUUAUGAUUUUAUAAAGUCUUUUGUUUUAUAAAAGUGUCACAGUUUAAGGCCAAAAUAGCAAUUUGUAUAAUACUGUUUAAGUAACGUCCCUGAUGUUGAGUUUCGUUCGGUUUUGCCUGCUGGGAAGAUGCACAUAAGGCUUUUUAUAAGACGUCUGAACCAGAGCACAGGAGCCUGGGAGUUUAUGGAGCGAUGCGUCGGUUUACUGGAAUACUGAGCGCGAUGCUGCUGCUGCAGGUAGACUGAGAUGCCACCUUCUGACAUACUCUCUACUUAACUGACUCCAAAUGUGGGAAAAUAUCAACUAGCAUAAGUUCACUGUUGCUUUGUCACAGCUUUUGAGCCUGUGCUGUAAAGCGUGCGGGCCGCUCUGUCCUCGGCAUACCUCCUUGUACGACCUACUGUAUGAGAUUAACACUCAGAUGAGCUCAGGGAACACAGUAUCGUAGCAAACGUGUAAUAGUCCAUAGAAAGGUCAGAUGGUGGGUCGGGUCUGCGAUUGUAUGCGGCAGUUUCAGGUUAAAGUCACCAGAGGACGCACUAUGAGCCAAUCACUGGUGGGUUGUUUGUGCAAUAGCUGGUUGGUUGAAUGAGUAAAUCCAACCCUGAGCUUCUGGACCGGGAGUCCCCUCCGGUCCAGGACCAGAACCCACCCCUUCUACUGUGUACCCCCUGCACCCGCGUGCUUUCAUUUGGACCGUCGUGUGUUUCAUCCCUGUAUCAUACUGUGGCCUUGCAUCGCUUCAUUAGAAACUCAAUCCUUGUGGUAUCUUCUACAUCUUUUAGGACCAGUAGAUGUAAAUGUUUGUACAUUGUACAGCACCUUUAUAAAUACUUGCUGAGUGCUCUUUUGGGGAGAAAAAAAACAGAGGUAUAAUAAAUUGCUCCAUUAUUUUUUUAUGUAAAAAAACUGUAAAAAAAUAUAUUUAAAAAUGGAUUGAAAAGGACAAGCAAUGACCUUGCCAUGGUGUUCCAUUCAUGCACUGAAAAUAAAGUUUUACUGACGA